CCUUGAUGUUGAAGUUGUAGAUUGUAAAAAGUUUUGUUUGCUUAUUUUUCUUGUCCAGAGAAAAAUCCACCAAAUAAACAAUGCCAGGCAAGGUGGGUGUCAAAAUUAAAGCUGGCAGGAAUCUGCCUGUUAUGGACAAAUCAUCGGACACAACAGAUGCCUACGUAGAAAUAAAAUUGGGCAAUGUGACACACAAAACUGAUGUCUGUAGAAAAAGUCUUAAUCCACAAUGGAAUACAGAUUGGUUUCGUUUUGAAGUUGAUGAUGCAGAGCUACAAGAUGAACCCUUGCAGAUACGUCUUAUGGACCAUGACACCUACUCAGCAAAUGAUGCAAUUGGCAAAGUAAAUAUUGGUUUAAAUCCCUUAUGUUUAGAAACUUCCGGCCAAACCACCCAAGGCAAAGGCACUGUUCUUUCUGGAUGGAUACCAGUGUUCGACACUAUGCACGGCAUACGUGGUGAAGUCAAUGUCAUUGUCAAAGUGGAUUUAUUUUCAGAUGUUAACAAAUUUCGCCAGAGUUCCUGUGGCAUACCGUUCUUCCAUUCUCCCUGUAUACCAAUUGGUUAUCGUGCUCAAGUUAUUCAUGGUUUUGUAGAGGAGUUAGUAGUUAAUGAUGAUCCUGAAUAUCAGUGGAUUGACAAGAUACGAACACCUAGAGCUUCCAAUGAAGCUCGUCAGGUAGUUUUUCUGAAAUUAUCGGGUCAGGUUCAGCGAAAAAUGGGACUGAAAGCCAUAAAUAUGGGCGCCAAUGCUGUUAUAGCUUAUACACAAUGUUUCGACUUAGAAGGUGACGUUGGCGUGGUGGCUCGUGGCAUAGGCACCGCUGUGACCUUGAUCAAAGACACUACUAAUCAACCAACUUCGGCAGACAAUGCUUUAAUUGAAGAACGCACUCUAAAAUAUUUAGAAUUUUUAACAGGCGCUAGUAUUAAUCCACGUCAGAAGUCUUCCUCAACGUUGUCAUUUAGUAAACUCAAUUUCGAUAGUUCUCUGUUAGAUGUCAGAGAAGCCGAUUCAGAUCCCGAGUCACAGCUAAUGAUGGAUCUUAUACGACAAGAGGAGGGUCGUGGCGGUAGACGCAUAAAAAAGUUUACUCAUAAAAUGAAGCAUCUUACCAAUUCAUCACGUAAUAUUUUAAAUGAUAAAUAUGCUUUAUUAAUGCGUAAAAUCGAUGAACAUUCAAGAUCAUCCUCUAGUGGUUCAAGAUCCCUAAGUAGUGUUAUAUAUUUUCCCACUAAAAAUGUGAACAUGCGAUCAGAAUCAAAUUCUAUGUUGGAUGUGCGUAAAGCGAAGAAAAGUUGGACGCACAGUGAACCCAUAUCAACUGGUAAGAAAUUGCAAAAAACUACACAUCCUAUUGUGCGAUCGGUCAGUGAUGAUUCGGCCAUGAAGCAGCCGACACCAUCCUUUAAUACUCAAAUUCAUAAGACAACGUCAAAAGAUCAAAGAGUGGGCUCGGAAUCGACCAUAAGUACACAAUCAUCGCCGGAUGUGUGUUCUACCGAACAAUGUUCUUGUAAUUUUCCACACAAUGUUGACAUGUCCUCUUGUCUGGAAAUGCAUAAUAUUGUGGCAAACGUCGAAGUCAAUGUUGCCAAUAAAAAAACUGAUAAGAAUGCUGACGACAUUUUAGAAAAUCCCGAUGAAUUUAGCUUUAAUUCCGGUAGACGUUUCUCCUCACAGCCCGAUUUAGUUAAUUUUGCAACAAAUUGCGCUAGUUCUCAUUUGCACUCACAAUCUCUUAACAAUGUAAAUAUAGCUCCAAUGCCAGCUAAUUUAGCUUGCAAACAAACUAUAAAAAAGAAUUUCAAUACUCGUCCAGCAUCUAUUGUUUUAGCCAGUACUACUGAGGGAAAUUCAUUUUGUGUGGCCAGUGAUCGUUUGAUGGCAGCAACAGCUAUGAUGCGUAUGGGUCCAGCUAUAGGUAAAUCAUCGAAUUCAGAAGGCAUGGAUAUGUUGGAAUAUCCAUUUUUAACUAUGACCAAAUAUCCACCUGGUCUGAUACUGCAUAUUGGGGCAACUGUGGCGGCUAGAUCGGUAAAACUAUUGGAAAGAGUACCCAAUCCAGAUGAGCCAGAAAUCCGUGAUUCCUGGUGGACAGAAUUACGCAUGGAGAUUAGAUCACAUGCACGAUCUUUAGGUUGUAAUGUGGUACUUGGUUAUUCCGAGUUAACCACUAUAUCCGACGAUGUUUGUGUUCUUUCGGCCACUGGCACUGCAGCCAUUAUAAUUAUGGGCUAUAAUCGUUCCAUAUCACAAAAUGAUAUUUUUAAUAUAACAAAAACUGCUGGUGGCAGUGGUAUGUCAGUAUCUCUAGAAGAGAGAAAUGUUAUUAACAGUGAUCCUAAUGCCAAGGAUAUGGGCAGUGGUAUAUCCAAUGGUUCUGUAGGUAAACGUUAUGGACUUCCUGCUAUGCUAAAUGUGUCAAAAACUUCUUGUACCGUGUGCCAUGUACCCUACAAUGUCACUUCGGUGCCAUUCAAUGUUAAAAUGAAAAAAUGUGCAAUAUGUUUAAAGGGUCGUGUGCCAGAUGUACUAUUGGCCACUUUAGAAGUACCCGAGUCCAUACAAGUAACAGGACGUGGUUGUUUUCUACAGGCUCAAGUAGUUAGAGCUAAAAAAGAUUUACGCUCCGAACUGAAUGCUAAAGAAAUUUCCGAUGGUCUACCCUUUUUGGAAUACGAACUACAUCGUGUGCUCAUUAAUAAGCUUAAAGCCAAGGGUAUGAAUGCUAUCUUUGGCUUGAAAGUACAAGUAUCUAUAGGUGAACGUAUGAUUGCCUUGGUAGCCACUGGCACUGCACUCUUCAUCACAGCAUUACCCGUACCACAAGUACCUAAAAUAGUUGCUGGCAACUCUUGGACUGAUAAGCAAAAACUAAAUGAAUUACAAAAGAAACUACAGGAGACAUUUGAACGUUAUCAGGAGAUCUAUCAAUUGAAAUCCAUAGAUCAGGAUAUGUUGGACAAAAGUUCCGAUACCGAUGACUCCGAUGAAGAAGGUGUCGAUGUAGAUUUAAAUUGCGGCAAUAAGGAUACUUGUGUUUUGGAAGUUGAUGAUAUCGAAGAUUUAGAAAUUAUAUCACUGCUAAUGGAAUCACAACCACCGGAAGGUUUUCAUGUUGUUAGUACUCAAAAAGUUCCCGGCAUGAUGGAUAUAGAAGCGGUUAAGAACUUGCAAAUGUUUACACAGGUGUGGAGGGCAAAAACCGAUACGGGUCAAACUGUUACCGGUUUUCCUAAGCAUUUUCAAAGAUUGAUGCAGAUUAUUUAUUUCAAAUUACGCACUAUGAUACCAUGCGCCAUUUGUGAUUUAAAAUUUAAAUUGGAUUUCCCAGAAAGUGAUCAAAUUCAAAUUUUAGUUACCGGUAUGGCUUUGGGUCUAGGCGACCCCAAUAAAUUGAAAAACAAACGUAAAAAUGUAACCAAUGGUCAAUCGGAUAGUAAUGACUCUAUGAGUCAUACCCAUUCGGCUGGUGAGAUUAAUAAUAAAAAAUUACAACAGCUACAACAAGAGGAAGAUUAUAUGUUCCCUCUGGAUGAAGAUCACAUGGUGGAGACACCAACACCAGCUACCAAUAUACCGCUGUUUGGAGCACAAUUAUUUAAAAAUCGUAAAUCAUCACCCAUACAAUUGUCUUCGGCUCCCGGAUCAAUGCGUCAAAGACAUAAUCGUGUAUACGAACGUAAUGGUGUGGAUAUAACACCUUUGAGUUUUAUACCGGGAGGUAAAAUUGAAAAGUAUUUGGGUAAUUUAAAUUUCUUCUUUAUAAGAGAGAGCACAUCUAUAAGGGAAAAUGGUGGCAUAAGUGGCUUUGUCCAUGGCUUUAUCACAGAGCUAUUGGCUGUUGUUAGAGCUCAUAUAUCGGCCUUAGGCGGCAAUGCCAUGGUGUCAUUUUACUUAACCGAAUUAAUAUUAUUCGAUAAUCAACAUAAAAAUCAAGGUCAAUGUCUUAUAAGUAUUGGUGGCGAUGCGGUUUAUGUUUCAUAUCAUCAAGAUGACUAAUAUGUUUGCUGCAACAAUAAUAAAAG